UUAACAUUCUUCUUCUGCUCUCCACAGAUCUUGGUGUCCUUGUUGGCGGCUGCUGUAAACGCCGAGCUUCAGGGCUACAGUGUAUCCACUCCCUCCGGCCCAAGUUUCAUCUCUGGUGGCUCCGGGUUGUCUGGCGGCGCUGGGUUCUCUGGUGGCUCCGGCUUCAUCUCUGGCGGCUCCGGGUUGUCUGGCGGCGCUGGGUUCUCUGGUGGCUCCGGCUUCAUCUCUGGCGGCUCCGGGUUUAUCUCUGGUGGUUCCGGUCUAUCGGGAGGCUCAGGGUUCAUCUCCGGUGGCUCUGGGUUCUCAGUCACCUGUGGUGUCGGACAGAUUCGUCAUGUAGAUGGCAGCUGCAUUACUCCCCAAAUCACUAAAAAUCUGUAUGUGUUCACCUCCCCUCCUGUUCAUAGAACAAUUGGUCCACGACCGCAUAUUCCCCCACCGAGAGUGGAACACAACAUUAUAUUCAUCCGUACUCCUGAGGGAGGAAUUGGGGUGGAACCCAUCGUUGUUCCUCCACCACUGCAGAAGAACAUCGUCUACGUGCUCAACAAGCGCACUCAUCAAGGUCAACAAGUAGUCCACGUCCCAGCUCCUGAGCAACAAACUCCUCAAGUGUACUUCGUCAACUAUGCCGAUGGUGACAACCCGACUUUGCCCACUGGAGAGGACCUCCAGUCUGCCCUCAGCUCUGCCUCUCAUGGUGGAGGUGAAGUUAUUGGUUCCGCUGGUGGCAUUGGAGGUGGCGCUGGUAUUGGGAUUGGUGGUGGCGAUGGUAUCGGCAUUGGAGGUGGCGCUGGCAUCGGCAUUGGAGGUGGCGCUGGUAUCGGCAUUGGAGGUGGCGCUGGUAUCGGCAUUGGAGGUGGCGCUGGUAUCGGCUUUCAUGAUAGUUCCAUUGAGAGCAGCGGUGGUGUUAUUGGAGGAGGAAGUACUUUUGUGAGCGGCGGUGGCAGUGUAGGUAUCCCCGCACCGUCUGGUGUGUAUGGGACGCCCUAAAUAACAACAAAUUGCAAGUUAAGUUGACGUGAGUCCUCCUUGCGACGGUCUUCAUUCCAACAAGUAAAUUGCAUCUAUACUUAUUUUUUUUACAGAUAUGUAUGUGGUUUCCAAUAAAAACAACAAAUAUACUUGGACACUUAAUUAAUAAUAGACAUACAAAGCCAGUCUUUACUUUUGUUAUGACACACUGAAGACCUGAACCCCAGGUGUCUCUUGCUUGUGGUCAACAAGCAUUGUUUUUAUGUAA